AUGACUAGGAAUGGUGGAGCUAGGAAUGGAGUUGGUAUGAUCCUUGAUGAGAGGUUGUCGAAAGAGGUAAUCGAGGUCUAUCGGAAGAAUGAUAGGUUGAUAAGGGUGAAGUUGCUAUGUGGCAAGGAGAUUGUGAAUGUUAUUAGUGCUUAUGCUCCCCAAGUUGGUUUGGAUUCAGAAGAGAAACGACAAUUUUGGGAGGAUUUAGACGAGGUGAGGGACGCAAGUGGUGAAGCUAUUAUGGAUUUUUCCCAGUCAUAUGAUUUAUUUUUAGCUAAUACUUGGUUUAAGAAGCGGGAUUCACACUUGAUAACUUUCUGGAGUGGAGCAAAUGCAACACAAAUAGACUUCCUGCUCACAAGGAGCGCGGAUAGACAAAGUUGCUUAAAUUGCAAGGUCAUCCCAGGAGAGAGUGUGGUCACCCAACACCGGCUUUUGGUUAUGACUAUUCGUUUGAAAGAGAAGGCAAAUAAAAAAGGAAGACCAGAGGAGCAAAGGAUAAGAUGGUGGACAUUUAGGGAUGCAAAUGCUAAGGUCUUUACAGAAUAG